AUGCCUAAUAUUAUAAAUGAAGUUAAAUUAGAUUUUAAGGACGUUCUAUUACGACCGAAGAGAAGCACUUUAAAAAGCAGAAAUGAUGUGGACUUGUAUCGCGAGAUUACAUUCCGCAACUCUGGGCAGACGUAUCGGGGAGUCCCCGUGAUGGCGAGCAAUAUGGACACAGUCGGCACUUUUGAAAUGGCGAAGGAAUUGUCAAAGCACGGGCUUUUCACAUGCAUUCACAAAUACUACUCAUUGGAAGAAUGGAAAAAAUUCGCAGAAGAAAAUCCAGAAUGCUUAGAACAAAUGGCGGCAAGUUCAGGCACAGCUGAAACCGACUUCGACCGACUUUCGGAAAUCUUGAACAAUGUGAAAGACCUCAAAUUCGUUUGUCUCGACGUAGCCAACGGAUAUUCUCAGCAUUUUGUUGAAUACGUGCGCAAAGUGCGAGCUGGGUUUCCUUCACACACAAUUAUUGCGGGUAAUGUUGUGACCGGCGAAAUGGUGGAGGAGCUAAUAUUGUCUGGUGCUGACAUUAUAAAGGUCGGUAUCGGGCCGGGCUCAGUGUGCACGACGCGGGUGAAGACGGGCGUGGGGUACCCUCAGCUGUCCGCCGUCAUAGAGUGCGCGGACGCUGCACACGGCUUGAAAGGACAUAUUAUUUCGGAUGGCGGGUGUACAUGUCCAGGGGAUGUAGCGAAAGCAUUCGGGGCUGGUGCCGACUUCGUGAUGGCAGGGGGGAUGUUCGCGGGACACGACCAGUGCGGGGGGGAGGUGGUCACCAAACCUGAUGGGAAGAAAGUGAAACUGUUCUAUGGCAUGUCCUCGUCCACGGCUAUGCUGAAACAUUCUGGUGGUAUCGCGGAUUAUAGGUCUUCUGAAGGUAAAACAGUGGAAGUCGAUUACCGAGGUGACGUUGAAGUAACAGUAAAAGAUAUUCUAGGUGGUCUUAGAUCUGCUUGUACUUAUGUGGGGGCGGCUCGAUUGAGAGAACUCCCUCGAAGAGCGACCUUCAUAAGAUGCUGUAGACAAGUUAACGAUGUCUUCUCU